AUGCGCGCCCUCGCUGGAGGCUACUACGCGAACGUGACGCGCAUGUAUGAUCACUUAGGCAUCCCCUAUCACCCGAUCAAAUUCCUGUUCUCCUUCAUGAAAGCUCUACCACCUCGGAAGGUUGACGCAGCUAUGGCAAAGGAUGGUGGAAGCUGCGAGGGCGCACAUGUUGGCAUGCCGGGGGAGUACUUCGUGUAUGCCUCAAACUUGCACCGAGUCCCCCCGUGGCCAGGAAAUAGAAGCAUCAUGGCAUAUGUCGUCGAAAUCUUAUACUUGGUCGUGUGCCAGUUUUGGUUUACCGUGGCAUGCUUUUUCGUGCAUCCCAAGACCGACGGAUCUGACGGCGGAGAGUCGUUUGCGGAAUACACCAAGAGAAUAUGGCUGCCACGCCGGUACACGACACAUUACUUGCUUCCACUCUUGAGCAGCGUGUCAACAUGCUCUCACGACGAGCUGCUAGCAUUUCCAGCAAGCGACGUGGUCAACUACAAGAAAUCAUCUCACGGCCAUCAACACUACGCCGUCUGUGGAGGCGUCCACCAAGUGGAAUACAGACUCAUAGAGGGCAUUGAAGAUAUUCGACUAGGAGCUCGCGUCAUGAAAGUCGUCUCAGCAGAAAGCAGAGGCACAAAGAUUAGCUGGCAGACAAUGAAGGAUGGGUCAAUACUGGAAGAAGAGUUCGACAAAGUGAUCCUCGCAGUCUCGCCGGAUGUGGCCGGUAAGGUCUUUGCGCUUCUAGAGAAGUCUCUCGGAAACAUUCCAGCGAUUCGCGUCGAGAGUUCUGUCCUCCGUUCGACGCAGUCGAGCGCCGAAGGCAUGUUUUCUGUCGUCCACGGCAAGCACGGUUAUCCUCAGGGCUGCGCGCAUCACCAGGGAAGCACCUUGCCGGCCCAACACAUUUGCCUGCGAACCGACUUCGGCAAGAAGGCAAGAACUGAAGCCUUGCACACAAUGCCUGGGGGAGCGGUAGUGAGCACUUGCCCGCUUGACCCUGAGGCCGAGUAG